GCGAUCGAAAGUACCAAGCUCUUGAUAAAGCGAGAUUUGCAUGCUCGCACGAUGCUGUCGCUCGACGCAGAGACGACAAUGCGAUGCUCUUCUAUCACUCAGUCGGGCGGUUCAGGCAGAAUGCGCUCGCAGACGUCCGGUACAGGCAGAUCACAGAUCGUUGCAUUCAAGCGUCGGACGGAGCAGACAAGCGACGCCAGGCAGGAAAAUCCGGCCAGGCAAAGAUGGGCAAAGCAAACGACAGAUGUACAAGCCCGUCUAUCUCUCCAAGGACGACUUUCAGAACUCGUAUCGCUACACGCUAGACAGAAUCCACAAGCUACUCUGCGCUCGACUGCGAAUUUUUGCCUCGACAGAUUCUGGAGCUGUCAUGUGUCGAUCGUGGGCAAAGAGGCUCAAACUGGAUCCCGUCAUGCUUCAUGACUACGCCCAGAGAUGGGUCGCCCUCGUUCUGCCCGACAUACGCCAAGCAGACUGUUCACCCUCGCCCCUCGAUCCGAGCCAAAUCUCGACGCGCGAGAUCCUCGAAGGCCGACUGGGACACGGAUUCGAUCUGGAAUGCCUCAGAGACUUGUUGGACAACAACACAACCGCCUCAGAGGACACAGAGACGCUGGACGUCAUCAUCUUUCGAACCUUUCUGCCCUGGGCAGCCGCGCAAGAGCCUGUCGUGCGCAAAGCAGAUGCCUUCACGCCCGCCAUGCAAGCCGCACGAGCACGCGGCGAAGACAUCGCCAUGCCUUCGCCGAGCGAGCUCAUGCCGUCAAGAUUGUCACAGCUCGCCAAGAUCUUCGAUCAGCGAGACGCCCUCUUGGACAGAUCUGCCAGAGCGAUCCCGCGCACGAUCCAUGUUCAUGUUGGGCCGACAAACUCUGGCAAGACCCACAAUGCCCUUAGGGCACUCGCCGACAGCGACAAUGGCGCCUACGCUGGCCCACUCCGCAUGCUCGCUCACGAAGUCUUUCAUCGAUUCAACUCGGGCGACAUCAAGGGCAAGCGAGGUCAAUCGCUGCAGUGUAAUCUCAUCACGGGCGAAGACAUCCGCCAGGUCUCGCCCGAAGCCGGCCUCGUGAGCUGCACGAUUGAGAUGGUACCCAUCAAGAAAUUGAUGGACGUUACCGUCAUCGACGAAAUCCAGCUGAUGGCGUUGCACGAUCGUGGGGCAGCCUGGACCGGGGCUCUUAUCAACUUACAGGCACGCAACGUGCAUGUCUGCGGCGAGCCUAGUGCGGUCGGCCUCAUCUACAAGAUUGCCCGCCAGUGUGGCGACAACGUCGUGCUGCACGAGUACGACCGACUGUCCCCACUGACACUCAGCAAAAAAGCGCUCGGUUCGCUCAAGCAGCUCGAGCGUGGUGACUGUCUCGUGGCCUUUUCGCGCAAGCGCAUCUUCCAGCUCAAGCGAGAUAUUGAGCGCGACACAAAUCUUCGAGUAGCUGUCGCUUACGGCGGCCUGCCCCCAGAAGUCAGAACGAGUCAGGCAAAGAGCUUCAACGACGGCGAAGUCGACAUCAUGAUUGGAAGCGAUGCGCUCGGCAUGGGUCUCAAUCUCCACGUUCGAAGGAUGAUCUUCUCUGCCAUGGAAAAAUGGGAUGGUGAACGAGCGAUACCGCUCAACGUGCCCUUGACGAAGCAGAUCGCUGGCCGUGCCGGCAGAUACGGAAAGCAGUUUUUGGUCGAAGGCCGUCCAGUCGAUCCGCCUGAGAAGAGCCAAGGCUUCGUCACAACGCUUAGAUCAGAUGAUCUGCCCUUUCUGGAGACUGCCAUCAACGCGCCUGCUCGUCGACUUCAUGUGGCCAUCUGGGGCCCAGGCGGGAAACAUGUAGAUCGACUCAAGCUCCUCUUCCCCGAGGACCACGAUACGGCCGAGCUCGAGCAACUCACACUGGACUUGACACUCUUCAGGCCGCAUCUUUCGACGCCUCGCAAGGCCCCUGGAAAUCUGAAAAUGCUGGACAACGUCGACACAAGUCUCCUCACGCCUCGCGAAAGACGCGUCUGCCUGCUUGCGCCGGUACCGAAGCGACGAGCGGAAGAUGCCUUUCGCAUCUUUGUGACCUCCGUCGCCAAUGUCCGGACGCUCUUGGUGCGCGACUAUAUCGCUCAAAGCGGGCUACAAGACGCGCUCGCCGAAAUCUUCGAGCUGCUCUCCGUCGAUUGCAGUGAUAGCUCGCGGCCUGUCUUUGACGUUGCAAAGACGGUCGGUCUCACUGCUUCGGACAUCCGGACAGUUAUGAACAGUGACAAUACUGUCAUCAUGGAAAAUUUACAUGCCUGCCUGACGCUCUAUCUCUGGCUCAGCCUGCGGCUGCCUCUCGUCUUUGCCGACCGACUGACUGCUAAUUCUUACCGGAACAUGAUCGAGCAGAUCCUCCAAUGGGGACUACUGGCAUUACGUAAGAGCAACGUGACAGAGCUCGACCUGGCAGCGCUACCGCGACUCGAGAAGCGCUUCGCCAAGCGUUCCGAAUUGAUGAACACGCCCUCCAUGGCUAGGUCAGGUGCAGUCACCGCCCAAGCGUAGCUCUGUCGACGGGCAGGACUUGCGCAGAGGGGCAUCGAUGUGGCUCAUCCGGCGGCUAGCUCGCUGCGUUGCAGCUCUAGCUGCAUAGUCAUCACCCCUUAUACCUGCUGCCACACUCUUCGUCAGGUGUGGAGCGCGCGCAGAAUGCAAUCUGACUACACAUGAU